AUUUGAAAUAACCGGCUUAUGAAUGGCAAGUUGCAACCAAUGGAUUCUUUUUAAACUGUCUCAUGUUUGUUUGGUGAAAUUCUAGUUUCGUUUGAAUCUUGUGUUUACUUCAAGUUGAAGAAUAUUGUUUGCAUCCUUUGUUUAAGUUAAUAAAACACUGUCUAUCUGCCUUUUCGAAUUGAAACAAUAUGGACGACGAACCUUCUACAAGUCUGAGGGUCGACCAACCCUUUAAAUGUGAAUAUGCUAAAAGUAACCGAGCCGCCUGUAAAGGGUGCAAAGAAAAAAUUGGUAAAGAUGAAUUACGAUUAGCUAAAAUGGUCAAAGUUCCUGCUUUUGAUGGUGUAUCUCCUCACUGGUACCAUUUUAAUUGUUUUUUUGAAAAAUGCCGUCCAAAAUCUACUGGUGAUAUGGGCCACUUCGCAUCAUUAAGGUUUGAAGACCAGAAACGAAUUGAAGCUAAAAUUGGUUCACCUAAAGCAGUUUCAUCCAGCAUCUCCGACUUUAGUGUUGAGUACUCUAAAUCUAGUAGAGCUGCUUGUGUUCUCUGUGAAGUUAAAAUACCUGUCAAUGAGCUUCGUAUUUGUAAAAUUGACGAAGAAUCAGAUGCCUCUGCGAGACUUGGCCGGCCUCUUCCGAGAUGGUUCCAUGUUGAUUGUUUUGUGUCUGCACGCCAAGAAACAGGUUACUUAGAAUCUGGUGAAAAAUUACCUGGUUUUGAUGGUCUUGAAUCAGAAGAUCAAAAAUUGCUCAAGAAAAAAAUACCUAAGAUGGGUACUAAACGAAAGGGAGAUGAUGCAAACAAUGUUAAAGUUGAAGCUAAAAAGAGCAAAACUGAAAUCAAAUUUGAAAAAUCUCUCCAAGAACAGUCAGAUCUUCUUUAUUCUUACAUUGAUAAAUUCAAAGACUUCAGGGCUCCUCAACUUGACUGUCUUCUAGAAUACAAUGGAUAUGAUCCUCCUAGAGAUAGAACACGAAAAGCUGAGGUUUUAGCUGAUGCAAUGCUUUUUGGAGCGCUUGAAAAAUGUCCUGAAUGCAAAACUGGGCAGUUAUAUUUCCGUAUCGCUGGAUAUAUUUGUAGUGGAAUGGUUUCUGAUUGUCUCAAAUGUGUUUAUGAAACCAAAACUCCUGCUCGAAAAGCGUUCAAAGUUCCUCCUGAUUAUAAGGAAACAUACGAUUUCCUUGCUAACUACAAAUACAAGCCUCGAGUUCGAAUUAUACCAAAAGUUCAAGGUCCUGUAGACGCGGUUGAUGUUACUCUUCAAGUUGGAAAUGGAAAUGGGCAUCAAAACGAAUCACUUCCCCAACUUGACCCUUCCAAACCAUUGAAUGGGCAUAAAAUUGUUAUUUUUGGUAAAUUAUCCAAGCCCUUGAAAGAUUUGAAAAAGGCAAUCACUGAAAUGGGAGCCACCGUUGUCACCAAUUUCGAUCGAACAGUUUUAUUUGGUAUUACCAAUACUAAAGAGAUAGAGAAAAAAUCUGAUAAAGUUGGUUCAGCUGAAUCUUGCAAUGUUAUAUUGGUUGACGAGAAAGUUAUUGAUGAUAUCAAGUUAGCCAGUGUUGAUGAUGUUGCCUCCAUUAUUGUUAAACACUCGUUGUGUGAUUGGGGAACUCAAGAUGUCGCUAAACGCUACACUAACUUAGUCAAUAAGAGCAAAGUUAAAUCGUCCAAGUCAGGAAGUGGCACAUCCAAAUCAAAAUCAGCAGCUUUUCCAGAGAAACAGAGGCUUGUCAUUAAAGAUGGUGCUGCAGUUGAUCCUCAAUCUGAGUUGGAAGGAAUUGCAGUUGUUUACAAAGAAAAUGACGUUAUUUUCUCCGAGGUCCUGAACAAAGUCGACUUCCAUUCGAACAAAAACUCUUACUACAAACUUCAACUAUUAAAAGAUGAGAAGAAAAAGAAUCGUUUCUGGGUAUUUACAGCCUGGGGUCGAACAGGUACUGACAUUGGUGGAUCUAAAGUAGACCCAUUCCGCAGUUUGAAUGAGGCAAGACUGAAGUUUGAAGAAGUUUUCCAAGAUAAAACGGGUAAUCCUUAUUCUAUGCGUCGUAAGAUGGUCCGAAAGGCUAACUUGUACUACCCAUUGGAUAUCAGCUAUGGAGGCGAUGGCAAUCAAGGUGUUAAAAUGGAAAUGGGUCAUUCAGAAUUACCCGAAGCAUUACAAAAGCUAGUAAUGAUGCUGUUUGACGUCCAGUUGAUGGAAAAAGAAAUGAAAGAAUUCGAAUUAGAUAUGACCAAAAUGCCUCUUGGUAAAUUAUCUAAAAACCAAAUUCUGGCAGCUUAUAAUGUUCUCACUGAAAUAAGUCAACUGAUUAAUGAUGAUUCUAAAAAGUCCAAAGCAAAAUUAAUUAGUCAAAGUGAAAGAUUUUUCACUUUGAUUCCUCACAGUUUCGAUACUGAUAGGCCUCCGGUAAUCCAAACCAAAGAAGAAAUAGAAAAGAAGAGAGAAAUGCUCGAUGCACUAAUGGAAAUGGAGAUUGCCUGUGAAUUGAUGACAACUGUCAAACAAGAAAAGGUUACGGAUGAUCCAAUUAAGCAACAUUAUCUCCAAUUGAAAACUGAUGUAAACGUACUCAACUCCAAUGAACCUGAGUACAAGGUUAUCAAUGAAUAUCUAGCAAAUACUCACGCUAAAACUCAUGCCUGUAAACUUAAAAUUAUGGAAGCCUUCAAAGUCUGCCGACAUGGAGAAGAAGAAAGAUACAAGAAACACGCUAAUCUUCACAACAAAAUGCUUCUUUGGCACGGUUCUCGUAUUACCAAUUUUGCCAGUAUUCUAUCUCAAGGUCUCAAAAUUGCGCCUCCUGAGGCACCUGUUACUGGUUACAUGUUCGGUAAAGGUAUUUACUUUGCUGAUAUGGCUACCAAAAGUGCCAAUUAUUGUCACCCACAGUCUAACAAUAAUGUCGGUUUACUUGCUUUAUGUGAAGUUGCUCUUGGAGACAUGUGGGAGCUUACUCAAGCUAAUUUUGUCUCUGAACUUCCCGCUGGAAAACAUAGUGUCAAAGGUGUUGGUAAAACUGCUCCUGAUCCAAAGAAACAAAAAGUCAUUGAUGGAGAUGUUGUCGUGCCUUGCGGACCUGGUGUAUCGACCGGUGUUAAAGAUACUUCAUUGCUUUACAAUGAAUUUAUUGUCUACGAUGUUUCUCAGUUAAAAAUAAGAUACCUUUUGAUGGUGGAGUUUGAUAACAAAUUGUUCUAAUCUACGUGAUGAAAUAUGACAGAAGAUUCAAUAUUGUCAAGAUAGUUCUUCAAUUUAGAUAUUUUCUCUAUUUUCAAAUCCAUCAAUAAUUUUUGACUACUCCUAAAAAUUUACGACUCUCUAGCAUUUAACAUUAACAUUUAAAAUAACCUUUUGUGUUCAUCUUAUUACAACUUUUCAUUUGAAUGAUUUUGGUAUUUUUUGUUCUGAAUUUCAAAUUUUUUUUCCUUAUUUUCUAUUAAAGUUCAAUUUAUUG